UCCCUCCCUCUCUCCCUCCCUCUCUCCCCCUCUCUCUCUCUCUCUCUCACACACACACUCGACAUAGAGGAGGUGGCCGAGACACGACCAGCAGCAUGGAGGAGCAGGCUCCGUCGCGGCGCUCUGUGGCUGAACUCGCAGGAAGAUUCAAAGCCCCGGCAUGCCCGCACGACGCUGACGGGAACCAAACGCAGGAGAAACCAGUCAGACGACGACCACCUCGCACUUUACAGCUUCCUAAAACCACCGGAGACGACCAGGAGCCUCCAGGUGUCACCUCUCCUCUACCUACCAAAGCUAAGAGGAACUCUGCUCUGAUUGAGAAGCUCCAGGCUAACCUGGCUCUCUCCCCCACUGCCCUGCUGCCCUCUCCAAAGAGCCCAGGCUUCAGGCUGCUGCCGCCUGCCUUCACCCCCCCCACCUCCCCCCCGGCAACCACCGCCUCCCCCCCGCUGGCGCCCGCCAGCCCCGUCGGCACCGCCUCUCCGUUCACCGAGGAGGAACGCCCCACCUCCUUUGAAGCCCCGCCCACCCUGGAGGAAGGCUCCAUCCUCUCCAACAGCAGCAUCAAGAGCCGCGCUCGCCACUCCAUACGGCGCCGGCCACCGUCUCGCCAACACAGGACGUCCAGCAGCGGAGACGAUGUCGGAGACGUCUCGCUGGGCGCCACGACCACGACCAUGACCACGACAACGACCACGACCACGACCACGACCAUGACCACGACCACGACCCAACCGGAAGACCAGACCACCAGCGGAGAGAAGGAGGGAGGAGGAGACGUUUUCAGGAAGGAGGAGGAAACGGAUGCUGCAACGUGUACGGAGAAAACCCAAACUCAGGGAGAAGAGGAGGAGAAGGGAGACGGACCCUCAUCAGAAAGAAAUGAGGAAGAGGAGGAGAAGUCUUCGCCUGAAGGAGCAACAAACUCAGACAGCAAAGGAGCAGAAGAGAGCGAGGAGACGGCGGGUCAGAGGUCAUGAGGAGCCACCAAACUCUGUCGCCAUGGUUACUCUAUAUCUGCGAUGUGGCGAGGACGCAGCGAGGAAACCGGCCCACGAGAGAGCGCCGAUGUCAUUCAGGAAGGAAUCUUUAAGACUUUUUCCUCAAGUUUAUUCUCAAAUUAUUACGACUUUCUGUCUGUGCAGAAACUCUGUCGCCAUGGUUACCCUAUAUUAGUCUCAUAAAGAGAGCACUGAUGUAAUUUAGGAUUAUAACAGAAGGUAACGCUUUGAUUCAGGACGAAGACAAAAGACUGAUGGGACUGGUUUUACUAUAUUAUACUAUA